AUGCAAACGUUUUACGCCACUCUUGUCAUUGGUAGUAGCAGGAGUGGUUGUACCGCUACGGUUGGUAAUAUUGGUGGUAUUGGUAAGUUUAAGACCUUCGGCGGCAGCGGGACGAAGACGGUUCGGCCUAAUCUUCUUGUCGAUGUUCUUGGCACCCGCACCUUCAAUUUCCGACAAGCAGCGUUUCAAGGGUGCACCAGCACCAGCGGGACGGGUGCUACUAGUGUGAAGUGGUACUGGCUGUGCUACCGGGUUGUUCAAGAAAUCCGAUAG